AUGGUCCGAUUGACCUUACCCCAACGGUUAAGCUCGCACCUGUCUGCGAGGAGCACGUCGUCCACUCCCGGGCAGAGCAGAAGCACCAGUCCUAUGAGAUUACCAGAAACGAAACCUCUGCUGCUCAAGAUUUCAGUCAUCCGCGGGCGCAACCUCGCAGCCAAAGAUCGAGGUGGCACGAGCGACCCAUAUCUGGUGGUUACAUUGGGAGACGCAAGGCAGUCAACUCCGACAAUUUUUAAGACCCUAAACCCGGAAUGGAACGUCUCGUUCGACAUGCCUGUGGUGGGGGUACCGCUAUUGGAAGCUAUUUGCUGGGAUCAUGAUCGGUUUGGUAAAGACUACCUGGGCGAAUUUGACAUCGCAUUGGAGGACAUCUUCGCCGACGGACAGGUCAACCAAGAGCCCAAAUGGUAUACCUUGAACUCGAAGCGAAAGUCGUCUAAAAAGAAGGACAGCACUGUGUCGGGCGAAAUCCUGCUGCAGUUUUCGCUGGUCGAUUCUGCGAACCCCGCCGCUACACCAGCGGACAUAUACCGCAAGUUUAAGAAAUUGGUAUACUCAGGAGAUGAUGAUGAUCAAAUCCCUCCUACCGACUUGGAGGAUUUAGAUCGGGAAGAGGAGACUUCUGAUGAGCCCGACGAUCUGGCAGGUGCGGAAGUAGUCGAAAAGCGUCGCCGGCGACUUCGCCUGGCUCGCUUGAGACGCAAGUCUCUGGCAGCUCGCGCCUACCAGUUCUCAGGCUCGGGGACUGGAGUGCAAGGCCUUGUCUUCAUGGAAAUUAUUCGAGUGACUGAUCUGCCUCCUGAACGAAAUGUCACGCGCACAUCUUUCGAUAUGGAUCCUUUUGUCGUAACCUCUCUCGGAAGAAAGACUUUGAGAACACCUGUCAUCCGCCAUAACCUAAACCCGGUUUAUAAUGAGAAGAUGGUCUUCCAGGUGAUGCGGCAUGAAAAGUCUUAUACCAUCGGAUUCACUGUGAUGGAUCGAGACAAGUUCUCAGGAAAUGACUUUGUUGCUUCUGCCGGUUUCCCCCUCCAAAACCUUGUCCAGUCCGGCCCAGAAGCAGAUCCCGAGACGGGUUUGUAUCACUUUGUAGAGGAUCCAGAGGAGGUUGAUCGUAUCCCAGCUGCCAAGUCUGCCGGUCGAUCUCGCACGCGAUCUGGAAAUAGCCCUUCCCGCUCUGGAAUCAGCCCAUCGCACUCUUCAUCCAGUCUCUCCAGGAUGGCUCGGCCUAUAUUAAGGACGCGUAAUUCCGCCACUUCAGUCUCAAGCCAAUCGAUGCUCGAAGCGCCAGCGCCAACCCUCCUUGCACCUUCUUCCCUUCCGGAAGAAGGGCUUUCCGAGAUGUAUAGCGCCAGUACCUUGCAAGUGCCUUCAGCAACGAACAUGUAUACCGGAGAUUCAGCCCCGCCACCCGACCAGGAUGGCUUCCAGCUUUAUACCAUUCCUCUAAUGCUCAAGAAUAGAGAAAGAUGGGAAGACAAGCAUUCGCCAGAGCUGCAUGUUAAGGCGAAGUAUUUGCCGUACAGUGCUCUUCGACAGCAGUUCUGGAGGUUGAUGUUGAAGCAAUAUGACGCUGAUGAUAGUGGUCGCAUUGAUAAAGUGGAGAUGACAACAAUGCUUGAUACUCUCGGCUCAACGCUGAAGGAAUCGACAAUUGACAGCUUCUUCGAACGCUUCAGCGCAGAGAAUGAGUCCAACGGAACAGACGAUCUUACGUUCGACCAAUCUGUGAUUUGUCUGGAGGACACUCUUCAAACCCUGCAGAAGCGGAAUUCAAUGAUACCCCAGAGCCCACUGGCUCCUUUGUCGAACUCUGGAAGUCAAGAUAGCGAGCCAUCAAGCAGCGAUGAGCACAGUUUGGAAACCAACACCGUCGCUGCCUCCAAUGCCGAUCCGCAAAGAACCACCAUCCCAACCAUAUCCAGUGAGGAUCAAUCGAGCUCCACUGAUGAGUACCUCCAGCCCGAUGAUCUCGGAGACGAAAGGGACGAGGAACACGUCAUUGAGAUUCGCGAGUGUCCACUUUGCCAUCAGCCACGCCUUGCCAAACGUUCUGAUGCGGAUAUCAUCACGCAUAUUGCCACGUGCGCGAGUCGCGACUGGCGCCAGGUUGACAACUUGGUGAUGGGUGGCUUUGUGACUUCCAGUCAGGCACAGCGCAAGUGGUACUCUAAGGUCAUCACAAAGAUCUCGUACGGUGGAUACAAACUUGGAGCGAACUCGGCCAACAUUCUUGUUCAAGAUCGCAUCACGGGUCAGAUUAACGAAGAACGCAUGAGUGUUUAUGUGCGACUCGGAAUCCGUCUCCUAUACAAGGGCAUCAAAAGUCGUGAUAUGGAAAAGAAGCAAAUUCGCCGUGUGCUACGCUCUUUAAGCGUCAAGCAGGGUCGCAAAUAUGACGACCCAGCCUCAGCAUCCCAGAUCAAGGACUUCAUCAAUUUCCACCAGCUGGACAUGUCUGAAGUCCUGCUGCCUUUGGAAAGUUUCAGCAAUUUCAACGAAUUCUUCUACCGUGCCCUGAAACCUGACGCCCGGCCAUGCUCCGCUCCCGAUGAACCCAAGAUUGUCGUGUCUCCUGCUGACUGUCGCUCCGUCGUGUUUGAUCGCAUGAGCGAUGCAACCACCGUCUGGGUCAAGGGCCGCGAGUUCUCAAUUGAACGGUUGUUAGGCAAUGCUUAUCCCGAGGAUGCCGCCCGAUACCGAAACGGUGCCCUCGGAGUGUUCCGUCUGGCGCCUCAGGAUUAUCACCGUUUCCACAUCCCUGUGGAUGGAAUUAUGGGAGAGCCCAAGACCAUUGAGGGGGAGUAUUAUACAGUGAACCCCAUGGCAAUUCGAUCCGCUUUAGAUGUGUACGGCGAGAAUGUGCGCAUCAUCAUUCCCAUUGACUCCGUCGAACAUGGCCGAGUCAUGGUUAUCUGCGUUGGUGCCAUGAUGGUUGGCAGCACAGUCAUCACUCGGAAAGCUGGCGAAAAGGUUUCACGAGCUGAAGAACUAGGCUACUUCAAAUUCGGCGGUAGCACCCUCCUGGUGCUCUUUGAAGAUGGCAAGGUCAACUUUGACAAGGACCUUGCAACCAACUCCACGGGCGCUCUUGAAACUUUGAUCCGAGUCGGCAUGUCUGUUGGACAUAGCCCGGACAUUCCUCAGUAUGAACCUGACAUGCCUAAGAACGCAGAGAACAUCACUGCCGAGGAGAUGCAAGACGCCAAGCGACGCAUCGAAGGCAGUCUAGCACCUCCAAGUGACCCCUCUACCGUUCUCAAGACACUCAAAUGA